AUGAUUGAUCAAAUCUACGAACGCGACGGUAUGGAUGUUCCUCUCGAGGAGGCUAUGAUCAACGGCUUGGGCAAGGUAAAUGGCACCAAGCUCACCGAUGAUAUCAUUAUGCGGAACCCUAGCUGGACCCCAAAGACAACGCGCUUCAAGAUCUGGUCAGAUAUCGCACGGCUUGCAUUCCGAAAAGGUAUUUUUAUCCAUCCAGACACUCAGAUGAGUACCGCCGAGUGGUGUUGCUCGCAUACAGACGGCAAUGGAUGGUUCGAUGACGUGGAUUUUGAUGUCAGCCGAUGGCAUCGUGGCAUGGCAUACAUGGCGACCUGGGCGAAGGGACAUCCCAAUGUCAUCUCCAUGUCGUUACGCAAUGAGCUGCGGGAGUCGUGGAACCGAACGAAUCUAUACUACGACUGGAUGACGCUCGUAGGCAAUAUGAGCGCUGGUGCGGACACAAUUCAUAAUGCUAAUCCAGACCUGCUGAUCACUUGGUCUGGGAUGCAGUACGAUCAGGACUUGUCGGCACUGACAACACGGAAGAAUCUGCUUACUGCGCCGUGCUACAAGUGCACGGCCAUUCGAGACGCACACCGUCGGCAACCAGUGUAUUUCGAACUGGACAGCUAUCCCUGGGCUAACAAGAUUGUCUGGGAGCUGCACCUCUACGAUAUGAGCGAGGAUAUUGAUACUGGGACCUGUCCUAUCAUUGAGGCUGCCUUCUACCGCAAUGGUUUCAAUGCUUUGGGCAUCCCACCGCCAGCGGAUGGGUGCCAUCUUACUGGCGACUGUCCACCUGCGCAGAGACUGACACCAGUGAUUCUAUCUGAGUUCGGCAAUGCUCAAGACGCCAGUUUAUUUAACGCGACACUGCAAGAUUGCAUUCGAACCUUUACCAAGGCUCAUAAUGUAAGCUGGGCUAUGUGGGCGUAUGCUGGUAGCUAUCGAAUAAGAUCUGGUACUCAAGGCGUGUCCGAUACCUGGGGUUUAACAAACGCCGACUGGAGCGGGUGGAAUUACCCACAAGGUAUUCAGAAUUUCUGGAAGCCUUGGGUAAAGGCUAUGAACCCGACCAGAGAUAUUUAA